AUGGAUUCAAAUACUAUUGAUUCAAAUCGUGCAGAACAGAUCGCGUACUCACUAACUAGCAAUGAACAAGGUGGAUAUCAACCAAGGACAUUACAAGAACAUAAUCAUGGACGAUAUGCUUAUUUACCUAUAUUUCCAAGCAAAUAUGAUGGUCCAAAUGAUUGCUUACUCUUGGCUAAUGUACCAGAUGCUGUAGAACUAGCUACACGAUUACAAGUAGGCAAAUCAAUCAUUACUUUCAAUGCUGAUCAACUUCGUCGAAUCUGUUAUACUCUUCUUGCAUUACAUGAAACAUUUCGACGACAUGUUCUAUUUAAAAGCGAUGUUCCUUUAAAAGAACCAACACUGAAUUCGAAACAAAUGGCUAUGGCAUUGGAAUUCUAUCUACAAAUAGAUGGUUAG